AUGUGUUCCUGCAUAAACAAGACCAUUUCUGGCAAUGGCAGAGGAAGGGCUUUUGAUACAAUAAAUGAUAGAGAAAGAACAAGAGGGUGGGGUGGUGGCAGUGUGAGUGGCUCGGGAACGGAUAAAAUUGAUGCUCUUGGUAGCCUCCUUUCUGGCAAUGGCAGAGGAAGGGCUUUUGAUACAAUAAAUGAUAGAGAAAGAACAAGAGGGUGGGGUGGUGGCAGUGAUAUGGCAUCUGAAUUGAAAUUGAAUAUGAGGAGUGAUGGUUAUUUGAAUGUUAAUGAUUUGCUAAAGUUGAAUUUGAAGACACUUGAUAAUAUUCUUCUGCGAUCCAACACCAUUGAUGACAUUAGGGAGGCUGUUCGAAAAGAUAAUAAGCAACGUUUCAGCCUCAUAGAAGAAAACACGGAAUCUUAA